AUGGACGUCUCUUCUGUUGUGUUUGUUUCUGUCUUGGUUGCUGUCUUUGUGCUCAUAAAGUGGUUUGCUGAUCCAGGCUUGAAACCAAAAUCUAGUAGACAGCAACAACAGACCAAUUCCACAUCAGAUUCAGGAAUUCCAACAAUGCCAGCGAAAUCCUCUGCUCAAUCUCUGUCAACUGGCUCAAAACAUAAAUCAAAAUCAAACCCAAACCAUACAAUACAUAAACGCCGUCGUGCUGUCAAUAAUGAUAUGAUUGAGGUUGUUCAAACUUUAGCUCCCCAACUAUCCGUUGCUCAAAUUAGAUAUGAUUUAGAAAAAACUGGAUCAAUUGAGGAAACUGUUGAAAAGUUCCUUAAAAAUGGAAAUCUACCAUUUUCACCAUCAAAUGAAGAAAAAUCAACAGAAAAAUCAACAGAAAACUCAACAAAAAAUCAAGCAGUUCCUGAAAAAGUUACCCAAAGUACUAAUAUCUCACAUUCGACAGACUUGAAUAAAACUGUCGUUGGCUGGGCUCCAACUAAAGAGCAAAGAGCUCUCAAUUUGAAACAAAAAAAGGCUGAAAUGAUUGAAAAGGCCAGAAAACGU